GUCUGGCAAACCAGCCGUACGUAUUCUAGAACUAGCGACGAAUUGAAAGGCUAAGGCAUCCAAACCACGUCCCACUCCAUUGCGGCAGAACGCCGGCUGUUUGGCUACGGAAUUCCUCUUGCUUCACACCGAUUAACAGAUUGAUCUUGUGUUGUAGGCGCUUUUAUCUUGCGAAGUUCCCGCAUCAAAACAAGUGGCGCUUCGUCGCGACCCGAUUGCGCUGCCAGGGCGUACCGAUCCGAGGCAGCUUGACGCGCCGUUGAGCACACCUCAAUAACUCGAGGGGCCUGCACAACAGAUUCCGAGCUUGGCUUUCCUCCCCGUGGAUAUGCCCAUAAUACUAUCACCCAUAACAAUAUGGCGGAACCAAAAAUGGAGCUAGAGGACUGGUUGGAUGAUCUUUGCGUCCGCUUCAUCAUCAACCUGCCCGCAGAAGACCUGUCGUCGGUCGCGCGAAUAUGCUUCCAAGUCGAGGAAGCACAAUGGUUCUAUGAGGAUUUCAUCCGUCCGCUGGACCCAACACUGCCGUCCAUGUCUCUGCGCAGUUUCUGUCUGCGUAUUUUUCAACAUUGCCCACUGCUUGCGUCUUUCCCGGUCGAAAACCACAUGCGAGCCUUCGAGGAAUUCCUGCAGUACAAGACCCGCGUUCCUGUGCGGGGUGCCAUCAUGCUCAACGAGGCCAUGGACUCGACUGUACUGGUCAAGGGUUGGAAGAAGGGCGCGAACUGGAGUUUCCCUAGGGGAAAAAUCAAUAAGGAUGAAGACGAUCUUGACUGCGCUAUACGCGAGGUCUAUGAGGAGACCGGCUUCGAUAUCAGAGCUGCUGGCUUGGUUCCCAAGACCGACGAGGUCAAGUACAUAGAGAUCAAUAUGCGCGAGCAGCAGUUGCGCCUCUACGUCUUCCGGAAUAUUCCAAUGGACACCCACUUCGAGCCGAGGACCAGGAAGGAAAUUAGCAAGAUCCAGUGGUACAAGCUCUCUGAGCUCCCAGCUUUCCGAAAGAAAGGCCACCAGCAAUACGACGCGGCGGCUGCAUCGAACGCCAACAAGUUUUACAUGGUGGCUCCCUUUUUGGUGCCUCUGAAGAAAUGGGUUGUUCAGCAGAAGAAACGGGAUGGCUUGCGGGCAGCCGGCUCCAGUCUUGCUGCCCAACCCAUUCACGAGGAGGGUAUCACGGAGGAUGAACUGGGAAUGCACGUUGACCACGUUCCCCAGCAGACCGCCGCAACGCCUGCCAUUGAGACAUUCGAGGGUGCCAACCGCGAGCUGCAACGGCUGCUCCAGGUGCAACCUUCGACUCAGGGACUGCAAGGGACCGCAGGGGGCCAUGCGCCGCCCGAUCCAGGUCAAGACAAGGGCAACGCGCUACUCGCGCUUCUCCAGGCCGGACCUACGGGGGGUGCGGCGCAGGUGCAUCCACCAUCUAAUCCCCCGCCCCAUACUCCCCUGGACCACAUUCUCUCAGGUGUGCCUGCUGCCCAGCCGCCGACACCUCAUCAUCAUAACCAUGUUCGACAGAUGCAUCACAUACCUCCUCCGGACUUUCCACUCGGGCCCCAUUCAGGUGAAAACCAAUCCAUGCCCCACAUGGGUCAAUUCCCCGGCCAGCUCGUUGGCAAUAAUCGAUAUGGGCCUGGACAUCUCCCCUCAGCAGGCCGCACCGCUGCCUUGGGUCAGCUGCCAGGCGGCCCCGGCCAUGCCGGGCCGCCUGUAGCAGGUGGGGUGCCCAACCCAGCAGCAUUCGCUCACCAGCUUCCGCAGCAUUUCCUUUCUUCAGGCCCGAGCCAUCAAGCAUACCCCAAGCCAGCGGAGAAUAUACCUCCAGCCCCGCAGCUAAGCACCCAUUCCAUGUCUCUCCUUAGUGCCUUGAGAGGAAAUGUCACCCGCCCUACAGACAGCGCACCAGCCAACCCCCCUGAGCCUGAGCCCAUGUCCCAAGUCAUGCAAGUCUCGCAGACGACCAUCGCAACACAAACAUCUCAGCAGUUUAUCGACCAGGCAUUAAGGAUGGCUGGAUCCCCGAGGCCCGUCCAGUUGGACGUCCAGGGACAGACGUCGGCGCAAACACACAAGAACGCGCUUUUGGGAAUGUUCAAGUCUCCGACCCCAAAUUCAGCAGCAAGGCAAGGGGCAAUCACGAUCAGCAACUUGGAUGGGACCGGGUCUUCAACGGGGCUGCAGUUUGCAAAUCUACCUCACCCUGAAGCGGCGAGCUCCGCCGCUGAAACCAUUCGAGCUGCAGCGCAGACCAGCGGUGGGCCGACCCAGAUGGACCCAACCCUACACUUACCAUUCGGGGCGCUCAAGCUUCUCAGCCGUCCCCAGGGUUUGGAGCGCGGUAGCGCACCUGAUCCUGCAUUGGCUUCAUCAUAUGGUUCCCAAGCUUCCCAUCUUACAAUGGACAAUAUAUACCGGCCAGUCUCUGUAGGCAAUCAGUCAUCUGCGGUAGCUGGCCAUCCCCACUUAUCAGCGCAGCAGCCUAAUCUACCACAACCCUCUCCCUCCCAGGCAUAUCUGGGACAGCCCGUGCCCAAUAGGACGCCGUCUGCGACCGGCAUGCCGGGUUUCCUAGCCCAGCAGCAACAGCAGGCAGCUAGACGUCCAUCACAGGCGACACCAGAGCAGAAGACGCUGCUGUUGUCGUUGUUUAGCAAGCAACAAACACAGCAGGUACCUCUAGCGGACGAAAAUACUGGCAAGGGCAAGGAAGUUCCCAUGCCUCUUCCACUCGCUAAUCAGACCACGCGGCCCCUUUCUCGUGCCGCGGUACUCGCGUCUGCUUCGGGCGAAGGAUCGAGAAGUGGCCAACCGUCUCCUAUGGGUAGUCAAACACCCAUAUCCCCUGCAGACAGGAACUUUUUGCUUGGGUAUCUGCAGUCUGUCUCCAACACUGCAACAAAGUAGGAUCUUAAAAUUCUUGGCUCUUUUCUGGGGUAUUCGGAAAAAGGAGAGUAGAUGGAAAGGUGUUUCUCAGGUUAAGGUAGGCUUCUGUUUUCUCUUGUGAGUUCGGAGCGGGCUCGUUUAAUGGAAUCAUAUGUCUUGGUUAUAGUUCGCAUUACCUGGGCAUGCAAGCCUGUUGCCGGCAAGCGCUUUCCAAGCGGACAAUGCUCCUAUGUGUGUUUCUUGCAAGUUUUGGCAGGGAAUGUUGCUUGCGGAGCGUGUGCUGUAUGUACUGCAUCAUUCAGGCAACACGUUGUCUUCAUGUAAAUAAACCAUUGAUAUUAAAUCUUAUGACAGCACAAUGGCAAUGAUCAAAGCUGGAACUUUUGUAAAUAGAGACACCGAAGCCUCCGAGCUUCUGAUUACUAAUUCGAGCAUGUUAGACAAAGUUGGGUCCAGUAUGGAAGUCAUUUACCCUCCAGACGG